CGCAAAACAAACUCGUCGUCUCGUCGUCUGCCCUAGGCCUUCGUGUUUUUCAAUCGCUUCAAAGUAAUUCAGAGAUUUUAUUAAACGAACUAAGCGACUGUAGUGCAAUAAUGUCCAGUAAUUUCCGCAACACCACGCUCAAUGAGGAAAGAGUAUUCGGUGGUGGCCCUAGUCUUCCGCUUUCCACUAGUCAUCCGCCUCCGCUGCCACCUAGACCACAGUUUGCGGGCGGUGGGGGGGACAUGAUGUACGGCAGCAGAUAUGGAUUCCCGGGCCAAUCCGGGAUGCAUGGUUACAGUCCUUAUGGAGGAUACUCCCCGAUGGAUUACUAUGGGCAUCGUGGAUACGGUGGAUUCAUGGGACAGGGCGGCUACGGUGGUUACGGGAAUCCGGGGACUUUGAACUAUCCAGAGCACAGGUUUAUUCAACUAGCAGAGGAAAGCUCACGUCCCGCAUUCCAGAUACUUGAAUCGCUCGUCGGUGCGGUCGGCAAUGUUGCCACUAUGCUGGAUUCCACCUUUUUUGCUGUAACUAGCUCGUUCCGAGCAGUUCUGAGUGUUGCAGCUAACUUGGCCCACCUUAAAGGAACGUUUGCUCAAUUCUGGUCAUCGUUGGCUCUAGUACGGGCAGCUGUUUGGUUGUACAAGAAAAUCCUGUAUAAACUCAGAAUAACCAAAACAGAUCCUACAAUGGAGGCAUUCAAAGAAGCAUUCCACAUUUCUACCACUGCAAACGGCAACCCAUCGGAUGGCGCCCAGCGAAAACAUUCGUCCUCGUUGCUGGCUGCUCUCUUCAUGGGAUUUAUGCUGUCGGUUCCGUACAUACUGAUAAAACUAUUCGCCCCUAAAAUGAACGAAGAUACUGUGUCGGCAGACCCUAAACAGUGGAACAAUCCUUUGGAAGUGCAAGUUCUGCAUAACUUCGAUGCUUCUAACCCUCAGGAAUUGACAAUCCGCAGUGGACAAAUGCUGCUACUAGCACCAAAGCAAAUUCAACUGGACAGGCAUCUGCUCAAUACUGGGUGGGUGUUGGCCGCUUCAAUGGAUCGAAAAAACUCCGGCAUCAUUCCAUUAAAUUAUGUACAAGCUCUAAAGCAGGCAGCAGAUACACUGUAGAAUUCGACGAGCCUUUAGGAUUUGGGUAGUGUUAUGUGGGCAUGGAUAGGGUAAGUGAAAAGAAAUAUACUCUGUCACUCAGUA